AUGUCGUACCUUGCCGAUAUUCCACCCGCCCAGCCGGACGCGGCCUUUUCGCUCAUAGCCAACUUCAAAGCGGACACGACCGAGCACAAGGUUGACUUGUGUCCAGGAUUCUAUCGCGAUGAUAACGCAGAACCAUGGGUUCUACCAUCUGUCGCCCAGGCAAAAGAACAGAUACAUGCAGAUCCAAGUCUCAACCAUGAACAUCUGCCUCUUGCUGGUCAUACAGGGUUGCUUCUUGGCUCGCAGAAGCUGAUUUUUGGCAAAAGCCGAGACCUAAAGCGUGUGGCUUCAAUACAGACAGUCUCCGGCACGGGAGCAAACCAUAUCGCCGCUCUGUUCCUCGCAACCAAACUCAAACCUAAAAGGGUGUGGAUCUCAAACCCAAGUUGGAUCAACCACACAGAAAUAUGGAAACUUGUUGGCCCAGACAUUGAACAGCGACUUUACCCGUAUUAUGAUACAGCACAUCACAGAGUGGAUUUUGAGGCCAUGACACGAACCUUGCGCAAGGAGGCAUGUGAUGGAGACGUCAUUAUACUACACGCAUGCGCUCACAAUCCCACUGGAGCAGAUCUCACCAGUCAGCAAUGGGAGACUAUCGCAGAAAUUUGUAAGGAAUCUGGUUUAUUCCCGGUCUUUGAUGUGGCUUAUCAGGGCUUUGCGUCUGGAGACCUGGAUCAAGACGCUUCCGCGAUAACUCACUUCUAUGAUAGAUCAGACCUAGAGUUCGCAGUGGCGCAGUCCUUCUCAAAGAACUUCGGCUUAUAUGGAGAGCGUGUAGGGGUUCUCCACAUGGUCGUACUCAAGACGGAGACUGCGGCAAAGGUCAUCCCUUUACUAACCCAGCUGUCGCGGGCUGAGAUAACUUCUUGUCCUUCAUACGGCGCAAGAAUUGUAGCUAAAGUUCUGAGUAACGCGACUCUCUUCGACCAAUGGCUACAGGACCUGGUGACGAUGAGUGAACGGAUGAAAAGCAUGCGCAAAGCUUUGUAUCAAGGACUGCAACGUAGAUCAGUCAGGGGAUCAUGGGAGCACUUGCUUACAGACAUCGGCAUGUUUUCUAUGAUGGGACUCACCCGUGAUCAGGUCAAUGAGCUCAGAACGAGCCAUCAUAUCUACCUCCUUCCCUCUGGCAGGUUGUCCGUGACCGGAUUAACAAGCAAUAAUGUAGAUAUUGUUGCAGAGAGUUUCCUUGCUGUGCUAGGCACAAAUUAG